AUGUUGGGACGACUCUUUACGAGUCUCCUCCUCGCAGGGCUCGCCCUCGCGCAGACUGAAUCGUAUGUCGACCCUGACACCGGGAUCACCUUCCAAGGUAGAACCGACCCCGUGCACGGCGUGACCAUUGGUUACGUCCUUCCACCGCUCGAGCCUGCCUCCGAUGAAUUCAUUGGCCAAAUUCUUGCGCCCAUUGAGAACGGAUGGGUCGGCAUUGCCCCUGGUGGAGGCAUGAUUAACAACCUCCUCGUCGUUGCUUGGCCUAAUGGCAACGAGGUCGUUGCUUCCGUUCGGAUGGCAAAACCUUUCAACGAUCCUGUCCUUACCAUUCUUCCAUCGACCAAGGUCAACGCGACCCACUGGAAACUCGACUACCGCUGCCAAGGCUGCACCACUUGGGAAACCGCCAACGGACCCCGCUCACUCCCCAUCGACUCUGCCGGUGCCGCCGCCUGGGCACUCUCCAAGUCCCCCGUCGACGACCCCUCCGACCCCGACACCACCUUCGCUCAACACACUGACUUCGGCUUCUACGGCCAAAUCUGGGCUCUCUCCCAUGUUGACGCUGAGACCUACGAGCACUGGGCUUCUGGAGGCACUGGUGGCGGUCCCACCCCUACCACUCCUCCCACUGAACCUCCUACUCCUACUGAGCCUGUUCCUACCGUAGAGCCUACUCCCUACGACUACAUCGUCGUCGGAGCCGGCCCCGGUGGAUUGGUCACUGCUGACCGUCUCUCCGAGGCAGGCCACAAGGUCCUCCUUAUUGAGAGGGGUGGACCCAGCUUGGGCUCGACCGGCGGUACCACUCAGCCCGAUUGGUUGAAGGGAACUAACCUCACGAAAUUCGAUGUCCCUGGAUUGUUCGAGACUAUGUUCAUGGAUGCCGAUCCUUACUGGUGGUGCAAGGACAUCAACGUUUUCGCCGGAUGCUUGCUCGGCGGAGGAACUGCUAUCAACGGAGGCUUGUACUGGUACCCUCCCGACAUCGAUUUCUCUCACACCUACGGCUGGCCUCCCUCGUGGCAGAGCCAUCACCAAUACACCGACAAGCUUAAGCAGCGUAUCCCCAGUACUGAUGCUCCCUCGACCGAUGGCAAGCGAUAUCUCAUGGAGACCUUCGACGUCGUCGAGAAGUUGCUCCGCCCUCAAGGAUACCACCAGCAAACCAUCAACAACAACCCUAACCAGAAGGAUAGGGUUUACGGUUACAGCGCCUACUCUUUCAUCGACGGCAAGCGCGCUGGUCCCAUCGCAACCUACUACAAGACCGCCAUCGCCCGACCCAACUUGACCUACUUCUCGCACACCACCGUCCUCAACGUCGUUCGUGAAGGCUCCACCAUCACCGGUGUCAACACCGACAACCCAUUGAUCGGUCCCAACGGCUUCGUCCCUCUCAACCCCCGCGGCCGUGUCAUCCUCUCCGCUGGCGCCUUCGGCUCUGCACGUCUCCUCUUCCGCUCUGGAAUUGGCCCUCGCGAUAUGCUCGAGAUCGUCAAGAAUGACAGGAACGCCGGCCCCAACAUGCCCGCUGAGGAGGACUGGAUCGACCUCCCUGUUGGCGAGAACGUCCAGGACAACCCUUCGAUUAACUUGGUCUUCACCCACCCCGACAUUGAUGCCUAUGAGAACUGGGCCAACGUUUGGAGCAACCCCAGGCAGGCUGAUGCUGCUCAGUAUAUCGACAGCCAGUCUGGCGUCUUCUCUCAAUCUUCCCCUCGUAUCAACUUCUGGAGGAAACUUAUGGGCAGCGACAAGAAGCCUCGAUGGAUGCAAGGAACUGCUCGCCCUGGUGCCGCCUCCAUCACCACCGACUUCCCCUACAACGCUAGCAACAUCUUCACCAUCACCACCUACCUCGCCACUGGUAUCACCUCCCGUGGUCGUAUUGGUAUCGAUGCUGCCCUUACUGCUCGUGCCCUCAAGAACCCCUGGUUCACCGACCCCGUCGACAAAGAGGUCCUCCUCAAGGGUAUCCAUGAACUCAUUGACGCCAUGGAGCAUGUCCCCGGAUUGACCCUCAUCACUCCCGACAACACGACCACCAUCGAGGACUACGUCGACAACUACCCCACCGGCUGGCUCAACUCCAACCACUGGGUCGGGUCCAACUCCAUCGGAAAGGUUGUCGAUGAGAACACCAAGGUCUUCAACACCGAUAACCUCUUCGUUGUUGAUGCUUCCAUCAUUCCUUCGAUGCCCAUGGGUAACCCACAGGGUGCUAUCAUGUCGACUGCUGAACAGGGUGUGGCUAGGAUUCUCGCCCUCCAAGGCGGCCCUUAG